AUGUGGCGCAAACGUAAAGCCUCCUCUGUACCAGCGCGUUAUACAGAAAAACCCAGAAGGAAGCGAUUAAGAAACAACCUUAUCAUACCAUCCAGCGAAGAAGCGGAAGAAAACGAAACUGAAGAGAGCGAAAACGAAGACAGUGGAAACGACGAGGAGUGGGAUAUCAAGUGCAUCCUUGACGAGACUGAUUCGCAAUACCUAAUUGACUGGGAAGGGCCCUGGUCGCCAACCUGGGAACCGAAAGACAACGCCAACGACGUUGCAGUCAAGGUUUGGGAGGAUAGAAAGAAACAGAAAAGCAGUCGGACAAAAGCCCCAACGUCCCCACCUUUACAAGCGCAUUCAACUUCAUCACCGUCGUCAACGUCGGACACCCCCAGCCAUAGCUCCGUGAUCGAAAUUGAGAACACCGAGUCCGUUGAAUGCGAAGUACAACAACCGAUCCAGCAGGAUAUUCCUUACCCGCGAAGCCGACAACAAGCCUCUCCCCUUUUCGUACCGUUUGAUGCUGCGUCGUCCGACGAAGAGGAUAUUCCUUUAGUCCGCUCGCCAAAAACGAGAGCACUGCUUCUCAGCUCAUCGCAACGGGCCCCAUCCAGUUCCAGAGCCGCCCCAUCGUCCAUCCAACAGCCCCGCAACAUCCCCGUGUUUGAGUACGUACGAGAAUCUCCGAUCCCGCAGGAAUUCAUACUACCCGGAGAGUCGGAAGAGACCCCCCUGAACAUUUCGCAGACAACAAGCGCAUCUAAAGGUGCUCUUUUUGUGCCAGGGGGUGACAACCAACCGCGCUCCGAUAGUCCGUGCAUUCCUGAAACAGACCAACAGCCACAAAGGAUAAAAGAAGCCGGAGUACGUGAAAAAGCCAAUCUUAACAGGUUGCCUUUCCCAGAACGAACAACUUCUCAACUUGGCGAAGAGGUUGAGAUAGCCGAAACACCACCGGCCUUGUUGACUGCACCACAAACCCAGAAUACACCAUCUCGCUCAUCUUAUCCUCAGGAAAGGGUCACUGGAUUACAAGCUCCAACACAGUCAAUAAACAUCCAAUCCAAUUUCUCUCAAACCUAUUCAUCCAGCGGUACUACAUCAUCAGGUUUGUGCUUUCCACCUAAUAUAUUUGUCUGA